GGCUACAAUAGAGGAGGCAUAUUCAAGGUCAAUGACAAAACUAGCCAAAUCAGCGAGCAAUUACACCCAACUUGGGACAUUUGCACCAGUUUGGGAUGUUUUCAGAACCUCAACAGAAAAACUAGCAAGCUGUCACUUGGAUCUCGUGCGGAGAUUACAGGAGCUAAUAAAAGAAGUUCACAAGUACGGAGAUGAACAAAUCAAAGCUUAUAAAAAGACUAAAGAAGACGUUUCAGGAACAUUGGAAGCAGUGCAAAAUAUUCAAAGUAUCACUCAGGCUUUACAGAAAUCAAAGGAAAACUACAAUGCAAAGUGUGUCGAACAAGAACGUUUGAAAAAGGAAGGAGCAACACAGAGAGAAGUUGAUAAGGCAGCAGUUAAAUCAAAAAAAGCUACAGAUACCUAUAAACUAUAUGUGGAGAAAUAUGCUGCAUUUAAAACUGAUUUUGAACAGAAAAUGACAGAAACUGCACAGAAAUUUCAAGACAUUGAAGAAACGCACCUUCUUCGUAUGAAAGAGAUUAUAGAAUCAUUGUCAAAUACCAUAAAAGAAAUUCAUUUACAAAUAGGAGAGGUGCACGAAGAGUUUAUUAAUAACAUGACAAAUACGACAGUUGAGAGUUUAAUACAGAAAUUUGCUGAGUCAAAAGGAACUGGCAAGGAAAGACCUGAAUCAUAUAGCUUUGACAAUUACAAAGAUUUGGAAGGCAAAGUGAGGAAUCAGCCUUCUAGGAAUGAAAUGGAAACAUCCAGCGUG